AUUAUACCACAAACAACACCGCUAGACAUCUUCGCAUAAAAGGACUGGGCGUCACAGAAAAACCAACACCACCCGUGUUUCGAUUCUUCUCUGAUUACCGUUAUAUGUAUCUAUACAUACAUCUCUCUAUACAUAUAUAUACACGCACAACUCGCCGGAGAUUCUGAUAUUUUGGUAACCUUUUCGAUUUCUCAACGGUCAAAAAAUUAGGGUUUUUCGAGGACUCGAAAUCCAUUCGCAUUGCACUAGGGUUUCGCGUAAGAAAUUUUGCGAAUUUGGCUUUGCUUCGUAGUGUUUCGUGAUGUUUACGCCGCAGAGGAAGCCGACUCCGCGGACCGAGGCGGAGAAGGGCAAGGCGGUGGCGCUUGUAGAUGGGCCGCCGCCGCCGCUGGGUUCGUUGAAUGAGAGUGGGAUGAAGGCGGUGGUGGAUGUGGGUGAUAUGGAGGACUGGAGGCGGUUUAGGGAGGCGGGGUUUUUGGACGAGGCAGCAAUGGAGAGGAAGGACCGGGCUGCCAUGGCAGAGAAAGUUUCGAGGCUUGAGAGAGAGCUUUUUGAUUACCAGUAUAAUAUGGGGCUUUUACUGAUUGAGAAGAAGGAGUGGGCAUCAAAGUUUGAAGAACUUAGAGAAGUAUUGGCUGAGGAUCAGGAGGUCCUCAAACGUGAGCAGGCAACACAUUUAUUUGUAUUAUCUGAAGCUGAGAAGCGAGAGGAGAAUUUGAAGAAAGCUUUAGGUGUUGAAAAGAAGUGUGUGGCUGAUCUUGAGAAGGCAUUACGUGAAAUGCGUGCAGAGCAUGCAAACAUCAAGAUCACAUCUGAGACUAAAUUAACUGAAGCAAAUGCUUUGGUUGCUGGAAUUGAGGAUAAAUCAUUGGAGGUAGAGGAAAAGUUGCAUGCUGCUGAUGCGAAGCUUGCUGAGGCGAGUAGAAAGAGUGCAGAGUUGGAGAGGAAAUUGCACGAACUGGAGGUUUGUGAAAGUGUGCUUCAGAGGGAGCGCCUAUCCUUAAACACGGAACGAGAAGCGCACGAGGCAACUUUUGGUAAGCAUAAAGAAGAUUUGCUGGAAUGGGAGAGAAAACUGCAGGAAGCGGAAGAGAGGCUAUGUGAGGGUCGGAGAAUCAACAAUCAGAGAGAGGAAAAGGCAAAUGAGAUGGACAGGAAUUUGAAGCAGAAAGAGAAGGCAUUUGAAGAAACACGAAAGAAGAUUGAGUUGACUGGCCAAACUUUGAAGAAGAGAGAAGAAGAUAUAGAAAUCAGACUAUUGGAUUUAGUUGCAAAAGAAGAAAAAGCUGAAUCUCUUAGAGGCAGCCUAGAGAUGAAGGAGAAGGAAUUACUUGCUUUGACGGAAAAGCUUAGUGCCAGAGAAAGAGUGGAGAUUCAGAAGAUCCUUGACGAGCACAGGGCCAUCCUGGAUACAGAAAGGCGGGAAUUUGAUUUGAAAAUGGAAGAAAGUAGGAAAUCUCUUGAUGAUGAAAUGAGAAGCAAGGCAGAAGCAGUGCAGCAAAAGGAAGCAGAAAUCAACCACAUGGAGGAAAAACUGGGAAAGCGAGAACAAGCAUUGGAAAAGAAGUCAGAAAGACUGAAGGAGAAAGAGAAGGGCCUUGAAGCAAAGUUGAAAAGUUCAAAGGAGAGUGAGAAAGCUAUCAAAGCUGAGGAGAAGAGGUUGGUUGUUGAAAAGAAACAAAUGCUUUCUGAUAAAGAAAAUCUUCUCAUUCUCAAGGAUGAACUUGAGAAUAUUAGGGCUGACAUUAGACGGCGUGAACUACAGAUAGAUGAAGAGAAGGAAAAACUCAGAAUUUUAGAAGAUGAUAAAGCUGAACAUCUCCGUUUGCAGUUGGAGUUGAAAAAGGAAAUAGAGAAGUGCAGACUUCAGAAGGAGUUACUUUUGAAGGAAGGUGAGGAUUUGAAGCAGGAUAGAAAGAAAUUUGAAGAGGAGUGGGAAGCAUUGGAUGACAAACGAACUUCUAUUACUAAAGAGUUAAGGGAAAUUGAUGAAGAAAAAGAGAAACUUGAAAAAUUGCAACACUCUGAAGAAGAACGCUUGAAAAAGGAGAAACUUGCAACGCAGGAUUAUAUACAGAGAGAGUUGGAAAAUGUCAGAUUGGAGAAAGAAUCUUUUGCAUCCCUGAUGAAGCAUGAGCAAUCAGUUUUAUCCGAAAAUGCUCAAAAUAAACAUAGUCAAUUACUUCGUGAGUUUGAGUUGCGGAGAAGAGAUCUUGAGAUUGAUUUGCAGAAUAAGCAAGAGGAAAUGGAGAAACAACUGCAGGAAAGGGAGAAAGCAUUUGAGGGGAAGAGAGAGAGAGAACUUGGUAAUAUCAGCUACCUAAAGGGAGUUGUCCAGAGGGAAAUGGAUGAAAUGAGAUCUGAAAGGCGUAGAAUAGAAAAGGAAAAGCAGGAAAUUGCUUUGAACAAGAAACAACUCGAAACACAGCAAAGUGAAAUGCAUAGAGACAUUGACGAGCUUGGUGUUCUUAGCAAGAAGCUUAAGGAUCAGCGUGAGCAAUUUAUCAAGGAAAGAGGUAGGUUUCUAGCAUUUGUUGAGAGGCUUAAGAGUUGCAAGAACUGUGGGGAUAUCACACGGGAAUUUGUUCUUUCUGAUCUACAGUUGCUUGACAUGGAAGAUGUGGAUGCCCUUCCUUUCCCGGGAUUUGGAGAUGAGGUUUUGAUGAGCUCUCAGGGUGUUGCAGCUGCUACUGAUGGAACAAAUAUCAAGAGAUCUCCUAGUGGAAUUGGUUUUCAAUCAGAUUCUGGGGGACACAUGUCUUGGUUCCGAAAGUGCACCUCGAAAAUUUUCAAGUUGUCCCCUGGUGGAAUGAUUCAGCAUGAUGCUGCUCAAAAUUUGGAAUCAGCUUUGUCUGCUGUGAAGGUCAAUAGAGGUGAAAAAUCUGAUGUGCCAACUAUGCUGGUUGAUAUAGAAGAAGCAAGGGGGCUGAGUAUAGCUGAAGAGGGACCAGAGCCAUCCUUUGGGAUUGCGAAUGACUCCUUCAAUUUUCAAAACCUUGCAUCCAGUAGUGUCAUUAGAGAGGUGGAUCUUGGCAAUGCUCCAUCCAUUGACAACCAGAGCAACAUGGACAGUAAGGCCCAAGAAUUUCCAGAAGAUUCCCAGCAAUCAGAGCUGAGGCGUGGUCGGCGCAAACCUGGGAGAAAACCGAAGGUUGAUAUUCAUAGAACACGCUCCGUGAAGGCAGUGGUUGAAGAUGCUAAGGUCUUUCUAGGGGAAGCUUCAGAAGACUCAAAGCGGCAUGAGCUCCAUCCUAAUGAUUCUGCUCAUAUCAAUGAGGAAAGUCGGGGAGAUUCCAGCCGUGCUGGGAAAGCUGCUGGCACCACUGCAAGGAAGCGGCAACGUGCACGAACCUCUAAAAUCACGGAAAGUGAGCAGGAUGCUGAUUACAGUGAAGGACAGUCUGAGAGUGUCACUACAGGUGGGCGCAGGAAGAGGCGGCAGACAGUUACUCCAGCUACGCAAACUCCAGGGGAAAAACGAUAUAAUCUCAGGCGACACAAGACUGCAGGCAUGGCCACGACAGCUCAAGCUUCUGCUGAUAUAAAGGAGGAGGAUAAAAAAGCCAAUGAUGGCGGUGAUACAGUUGAAGCAGUACCAAACCCUGAAGUUGCUUCAGCACCUUCAUUGGGAGUUGCAAGUGAGAAUGGCAAUACAACUCCAUUGGUUCAGGUUAUGACAUACAAAAAAAGUGUUGAAAUUCCAGAGUUUUCAUCUGACAAGGUUGUCAGGUUCAGGACUGCAGCAGAUGUUGAUGAGAGUUUAGAUGCAGCAAAGUUGGUUGAAAAUAUGGGUUUGAGUGAGGAGGUAGAUGGUACAUCAGAAUAUGUAGGUGAAUUUGAGAAUGGGAGCACAUUCAAUGGCAGCGACAGUGAUGGCGACGAUGGUGACAGCGACGAUGACGAUGGCGACGAUGAUGAACCAGAGCAUCCGGGUGAAGUGUCGCUAGGAAAGAAAGUGUGGAAGUUUUUAAUGUCUUGACACGUCCAUUCUUUGGAGUUUGUUGUUAGGAUCCCCCCCCCCUCUUCUCUCUCUCUUCUCUCUCUCUCUCUCUCUCAUGUGUAUUAUGUAUUAGGUAUCAAAUAUUAGGAAAACUGUAGCUUCAGUUUGGGGGAAAUGCCUUCUUUUUACUACUGUAGUUUUCUUCGCUUUCCUUCAAUUUAGGAUGUCAGGCCUGAUCUGUUAUUAAGUAACAGCAUGGUCUUGUUGAUUUUGUGUAGUAGCAAGUGAUGGUGCAGUUUUGACACUCCUCAACAUUCAUCUCUAAAUUGUUGGUGCCAGUUUUACUUCGUCUAUGUUUUUCUUGUUUUCCAGAGACAGUGCUUUGAGCCUGGCAUUGCAAGAUCAUUGUGUCUAGUCUGAAUCUUUCAGCUCUCUUUCUUGGGUUGAUGAUAUAUCCACAUGUGCUCUUGGUAUUCCUCCAUGGAUGUGAACUUAAGAUGCUUUUCACAUAUGUAUUACUUUGGUGAUUUGGAAAAUUUCUUAAUUAAGUGAUGCUUUGGAACUACUAGUUGAUCACA